UUCCUCUGGUUUUAAAAGUGGUUACAUCUGGGGGAAGGGAAAGAAAAAACCGGCAAACCGAAAAGGGUUUCUGCAAGAACAGACGUGUUACUACUCAAUUCCCGAUGCAGCGGUGCCCUGGCUGAGCUGGUGUUGAGUCAGAGCUGGAGGGGGAUAAUGAGGCUUCCAUCGUUAUGGGCAUGCAAAUGAAGAAGGAUGAUAAGCAUCAAGCCUCAUGCUUUGGGGUGGAGGUUGAUGGUCUCACCAGGGCAUGAUUUCCAGCUCCGACCCAGCUUCUCGAAGCUGACCUCAUCCUUGCGUGAUGCAGAGGGGGAAAUGGAGGCGGACUGGUGCCAUAGCAGACUCAAUCAGUCACCGGGCUUGGGGCACGCCCAGGCUAGGAGGCGGCAUGCCAUCUCGGUGCCGUGUGUUAGCCAUGGCUUUCCUUCAGAUCUUCGUCUUUGCCGAAAACUGGGCUCUAGCCAAGAACAUCAACUUCUACAGCGUGAAGCCUCCUCUAGACCCCACCCCGUUUCCAAACAGCUUCAAGUGCUUCACCUGCGACAGAGCCGCGGAUAACUACAACUGCAACCGCUGGGCUGAGGAUAAGUGGUGUCCGCCGAGUGCCCAGUAUUGCAUGACGGUCCAUCACUUCACGAACCAUGGGAGAAGCACUUCCGUCACCAAGAAAUGCGCUUCCAAGAGUGACUGCCAUUUUGUUGGCUGUCAGCACCACCAAGAGUCCGGGCGGACUGAGUGUAGAUCCUGCUGCGAAGGGAUGAUCUGCAACAUCGAAGUCCCGACCAACCACACAAACGCCGUGUUGGUGGUCCUGCCCGCCCUCAGGGCAUCUUCCGGCGCAGCCAGGACUCCGGGCCUGUCCAUGCUGGCCUUGGGGCUCGCCGCCCGCUGGCUCUGACACCACCGUCGCCCUGGGCGGCCAAGCCGGGACGCUGCAGGACGGCCGUGGAUUGACCCGGCUCGGGGAGGUGAUUCUCCGCGGGGGACCUUGGCCAGGGCCGGUGGGAGACGGACGGCGCGGGUUAGUGGCUUGCCCAACCUGCUGACGAAUGGCGACAGGUGAUGGAGAGGUGGCCCAUGAAGGAUGAGAUAUGACUCUUGGGACUCCGGGUGGGAGGGAAGGGAAACGUGUUUUUUGCAGGCGAUUCUGCUGCCAUGGCUAUGGGGGAGGGGGCGGUCAGGCCCUUCCCCAUUCACCCCUCGAGUUCUCAUCUGAAGCCUCCUCUUUGCCUUCUCCGCCCGUCGGGUGUUGUCAUCGGGGCCAUCGGACACGAGGGCCGGGCCUCUCGUUACCCAGCCAUUUUGACUCUGCCGAAAUGCCGCAUGGGACGCGUUCUCCGGGCACGCAGACGUGUGGCCCGGCUACCAGUGAAGGGUCUUUGCCACGCUCUCAGCCUGCAGCUUGCUUCGCGAAGACCACAACUCUCAGUGCACUUACCUUUCCCCAGAAAGAAUUCCGCGUCCCAUCGAGGACCUGGAAAAGACAAGCCAUUCCUCCACGAAAGCGGGGAUCCUAUCUACCAAAUGCUGUCUUGUAUUCUCCCAAGAACUCGGUAUAGAGCCCUGCACUUUGUAAAUGCUCGAAUACCAAUGGUUGGUCGAUUAACGGAUCGAGUGGCGUUGUGAAAGGACGCCCCUAGAUACCAGAUAUCUACCAGGCCUCCAGACUAAGUUUUUUGUGGGCAGGGAAUGUAUCUGUUGUAUUGUUGUCCACUCCCAAGUGCUUAGUUAGUGUCCUGCACACAGUAAGCACUCAAUAAAUACCAUCGACUG